UCGAGGAGUGGGUGGGGACAAUAUCCAAAACCUUGUCGUCCGUGAAAAGGAGAGGACAAGUAUAUGAAUGUUUUUGUGUGUGUGUGUGUGUGUGUGUGUGUGUGUGAAAGAGAGAGAGAGACAGAAAGACAGUGAGAGAGAGAGAGAGACAGACAGAGUGAGAGAGACAAAGAGAUACAAAGAGAGAGACAGACAGACAGAAAGAAAGGAGAAAGAGAGAGGGGAGGGAAGAUAGAGAGAGUAUUUGACUAUGACUAUGAGUUCAGCACCUGACUGGCAGUGAGGAUGUCUAAGGGAAUAGAGCAGGAGACACAGAGGGAGAGAGAGGAGAGCUGAGCAGAACGCACUAAUGGAGAUUUGGGUCGGCUUCAUCUUAGUCACACUCUUCACCUUUAGCCUGGCACCCACAGCAGGUUCUGUGUCAGAACAUGUGGAGUCACGGGACCUGGCGUCUGUGGUGCGGAAUCUGACCCGGUUCUCGUCUCCAUGGGUGCGGCCGGUCCGGUUCUGGGAGAGGCCGGUGAAGGUCAAUGUGGACAUGAGGGUUCUCGCGAUACUUAACGUGAAUGAGAAAGAGGAAGAGAUAAAGCUGCAUGUUAUCAUCAGUCAGGGGUGGAAGGAUGAACAUGUGUGGUGGAAUGCUUCUUCGUAUGGAGGAUUGGAACACAUCUCUCUACCCUCGACUCUGAUAUGGACCCCUGACAUCGCCGUCCGGGAGGCGAUCUCUGAGGAGAGGCAGCACACAGACGCCUUUGUGAGAGUGAACAGUAGUGGCUGGGUCAGCAGGGAGGAGGUUGUCAUGGUGACCCUGCGCUGUGAUCUGGCCAUGAUGCUCUUCCCCUUCGACACGCAACACUGCAACCUCACCCUCCACUCCCACCUACAUACAGUUCAGGAACUGGAGCUGUGUUUGGAACAGUCCAGUGUGCUGAGCAGGACCCUCAUUCCCGUCAGCACUCACGGCGAAUGGGAUCUCACCUCCCACGCACGCGGCGUCACCCUCGGCCAAUCCCACGCCGGACGCCCACACUCCCAGCUCACCUUUCAGCUGGGUCUAAGUCGCCACUCCCUGUUCUACGUCUUGAACCUGCUGGUGCCCAGCGCCCUGGUCAUGCUGGUGGACCUGGCUGGCUUCUGCAUCCCUGUGGACAGUGCCGAGCGGCUUCCCUUCAAGGUGACCCUGUUGCUAGGAUACACCGUCUACCUGCUCCUCGCCACCGACCUGCUGCCCCCUUUCAGGGACAGCACGCCCAUGCUGGGUGUGUAUCUGGUGGUGUGCCUGGUGUUCCUGUCCCUGAGCUUGAGUGAGAGUGCGCUGCUGCUUGCUCUGGGUCAGCAUGACACUCACACCAGUGACCAGCCCAGUCCACUGUACAGAAUGGCCCUGAGGAUGAACUUACACCUGCCGCCACCAGAGGACGCUCGUCGGCAACAUGAGUCAAGUAGCAGGCGUGUCAAGAGAGGUUUACAGCGCUCCUUCAGUGUCGGUGAGGCCUGUGGGCGGGACUGUGUGGUGCGUGCCCUGGGGGAGGAGCUCGAGGACGUGGGCGAGGAGGUGCGGCGUCUGAACGUGCGGCGCAGCGAGCGCAACGACGCGCUCCGUCUGAUGGAGGCGCUGGACUCCGUCUGCUUCCGCCUGUAUGCAGCAGCGCUGGCCGUGUUCAGUCUGAGCCUGGGUCUUCUGUGGUCCACCAACCACUGACAGGGCUCAGGGCAUGGAAAAGUGAAUGGAUGAGUAAAUGACCAGUGAAAGGAUGAAUGAAUGACCAGUGAAAGAAUGAAUGAAUGAAUGAAUAAAUGAAUAAAUGAAUGAAUGAAUGAAUGAAUGAGUCACUAGAUUAAUUAUUAAAUAAAUGGAUGGAUAAAUUAAUGAAUGCUUAAUCAAAUCCUUGAAUAGGGAUACAAAUUAACCAUAGAAUAAAUGCAUUAAUAAAAUGUGUGCUAAAUGGUUAUUGCAUGAGUUUUGGUUGAUCUAUGACUGAUGCCACACCAUGCCUUAUCUUGCUUUGUAAAUUAGCCUGUAACCUCUUACUCCAAG